GUGGAGGAAAGACGAGGAAAUGUUUCGUUUGAUAUUAUUAUGGUGACAGCGAUCAAACAUAAGUUAAUUGCAAUGUUUUGCGCACUUGUAAGGACUUCACAAUUACAUCCCCUAAUGAUCUAUUGCAAUGGAAUAAUUAGAACAACAUGUAUAUUGCACGUGAAUGAUUCAGAUGUGGAAUAAAUAUUUCUCGACUGGCAUUGCACCCCUACCAGAAUGUACUAUGCUGCAAAAGAAUUCCAGACAUCAGAGUUGGAUACAGUUGCAAAUGUGAUUGGUCUCACUCCAUCAGAUCCUCUAAAUACCUUUGCAGAAAUGUGGUAUCAAGUAUUCCUGUGGGCUCUGUUUUCUUCCAUAUUUGUUCAUGUGAUUGCUGCUGCCAUAGCCUUUGCAACCCUCAGGAAACACAGGUUUGGAAAGUUUUUCCCCAUUUUCAUCCUUGUGAUGGGAGUGUUGGCUCCACUGACCUCAGGCGUGGUAAGCAGCGCAGCAGUGGCUUUUGUGUAUAGAGCUUCCAGUUUUCAGAUGGAACCACUGUAUGCAUUGAUCUGGGGAGUGGGACAGACAUUCUUGGCUGCAUGCAUUGGGUUCACUCGGAUACUGGCUACUUUAUAACACUCCUUCCAUGAAAUAAACAACUGUUGAAGAAGAAUAUCAACUCACUUUUUCAUAAGUCCUCAUAUUUUCUAGCUCUCUCAUUUCAUUAUUUUUACUACAGAAAUGCAUCUGGAAAAACUGCUCUGGUCUCUGAAAGUUGUAUGCUUUUGAUUUACUGUGCUAGUGUUAUCUUUAGUAUUAGAGUUUUGACCCAGAAUGCAUCAUUUCCAGACAGAAUACACUGAGCUCAACACACUAGUCAUAUUAGAGUCCCUCACAAUAUGGUUGUAAAUAUCUAUGUGGAUUUGAGUUGAUCCUUAUUUAUAUAGAUUUACAUAAAAUUAGUGAUUUUUUGUCUCUCUUUCAUUGUGGUAUACACAGUUGUCGUUCCAGUUAUCUUGAUUUUAAACUUAGAGGCAGCUUACUGCCAGAUUGUAACACAUUCACUGCUUGCAUGUCAUGUUGCCGUGACCCUGCUGUAUACUAGGUAGACAUUCUGAAGUGCUGUGGACUUUAUUAUUUUGUCACGCUUCUAGCAUUCUGUGAAAGGACAAGAUUUUAUAAAGAGGACAGUGGAGGCUUCUGCUGUCUCCAACAGUUUCUCGCUAAUUAAUCAGAAAUAAUACAAAUUUUCAGUCCUUAUUAUACAAGCUAGGAGUCAGGAUAGGUUAUUCGGUAUAGGAACAAGCUAUGGUUGGACAACCUGGCUUUGAUUCCUGGCAGUGCCAGAUUUUUCUCUUCUUCACAGUGUCCAGAUGAACUCUGGGGCCCAUCCAUCAUCUUAUC